ACAAUUUCCAUCAUUUUCUUUUGUUUCAAGUUCUCUCUCUUCAAUAUAUUCUAUUAGGUCUUUAUACCUAUUUGACUCCCUCUUUCUUUUCCUGUUUGUGGGAUUACACAUCUUUGGAUGGUGGUGAAGACAUGGCUGUGGAACUGAUGAUGGGCUUUUCUGGGGAUAGUUUUGCAGCUAAAAUGGAAGAGCUUGCUGUGAGAGAAGCGGCGACUGCUGGGAUCCAGAACGUUGAGGAGGUCAUAAAGAUGCUCAAACAAAAUCAGCUGCAGCAGCCACAAUACUACCCUGAUUUCACUUCUUCGCCCACUAAUAAUCCGCCCGGGACAGAUAAUAUUAUGGCUGUUACGGAUGCGGCUGUGAACAGCUUCAAGAAGGUUAUUUCUUUGCUGGGUCGCACGACGAGAACUGGCCAUGCUCGCUUUCGGAGAGCCCCUGUAUCUCCUGCUUCUGCUAAUCAAGAGCAGCAGCAGCAAGCUCAAGAUCUAGGCGCUUCUGUUCGACCUAUUAGUUCUCACCCAACAGAGCCAGUUUCUGCCUUUAGAGUUUACCAACCGACACCAGUUCAUCGGCUCCCUCCCUUGCCUAAUAGUCACCAUCAGCAGCAGAAGACUCCAAGUUUAGUUGCAAAGAAUGGUUUUUCCGAGAGGAACGAGAUGCGUUCCAUUAAUUUCUCUAAUUCACCUUCAAUCUCUGCCUCUACUUCUUUCAUGUCUUCUUUAACAGGGGAAACCGAUAGCGUAAAGCGCUCUAUGUCCUCUGGGUUUCAGUUUGCCGAACCCUCACAUGUUUCAUCCGCUGGGAAACCUCCUUUAUCCUCAUCUUCCCUUAAAAGAAAGUGCAAUUCCAUGGACGAUGCUGCUCUCAAGUGCGGUUCCACUUCAGGGCGAUGCCAUUGCUCCAAGAAAAGGAAAUCAAGAGUGAAGCGAGUGAUCAGAGUCCCUGCAAUAAGCAAUAAGUUGGCUGAUAUUCCACAUGAUGACUAUUCCUGGAGAAAAUACGGUCAAAAGCCCAUAAAAGGAUCUCCUCAUCCAAGAGGAUAUUACAAGUGCAGUAGCAUGAGAGGAUGCCCAGCUAGGAAACAUGUGGAGAGAGCUGUAGAUGAUCCAAUGAUGCUCAUAGUCACAUACGAAGGUGAUCACAAUCACUCCAACUCCAUCAACGACAACGAUGCACCUGCUGCCGUUCAGGUUCAUGAAUCAUCAUAAGAAGUCAACUCAUUAAGGGCUGAGCAGAGUUCAGUCCUUGUUUAAAUCAUAGCUCUUCAUGACAACUGUGAGACAAUAGUCAACGCAGAGGGCCUAGCCCUAGUGGGUAUGUUAUCUGCCUAAGAAGAAAAGAUGCAUAGGAUUCUCUGUGCUUUGUCUUUUUUAUUUUUCCUCCCUGACUUUGUUUACAAAUGAAAAGAAAGAAAAGGGUAGAUAUCGUGGAUUUGGUGGGAGUUGAAUCAUGCAAGUAGUGGAGGAUUUUAUUUGUUUAUUUAUUAUUUCUUUUUAAGAAAAAAUGAUGCUUAUAUACCAA